GGGGAAUGCAGGGGUCUAGAGGAGAGUAUAAAAGUCAUGAUUUUUCUCUUGUUGAUUGUAUAGUUUCUCCUUGUGUUCUCAUAUUAGAUUCCCUCUACUACUCAAGAUGAAGUUCUUCUCUUUUGCACUGCUUGCUGCAGUGUGCGAGACGGUUCUUGCGGCUCCUGCACUUGCUCCUUUUAGCACAUUUUCUGAUGUGACAAUUUUCACUCCUGGAGCGAAUUGGACUGAUCCUGGUGUUCUCUAUGCACGAACUGUCGAGUUACCAGGUGGUGUGCUCUUAGCUACAUGGGAAAACUAUAGCCCUGAACCUCCUCUUGUCUAUUUUCCUAUCUUCAAGAGUACAGAUGGUGGAGAGACCUGGAAACAUAUCUCGAAUAUUACAGAUCAGGUUAAUGGAUGGGGAUUGAGAUAUCAACCAUUCUUAUACUACAUGACGGAGAAAGUCGGAAAAUACCCAGCUGGUACUAUUCUUGCCACUGGAAAUUCUAUCCCGACAGAUUUGAGUGAGACUCAAAUCGAUGUUUAUGCUAGCUUGGAUCAUGGAUCUACUUGGGAAUACGUAUCGACUGUAGCGAACGGUGGUGCAGCUGUUCCUGAUAAUGGAGUUCCUGCUAUUUGGGAACCUUUCCUUCUCACAUACAAGGGACAGAUCGUUCUCUACUACUCAGAUCAACGUGAUCCAUUAUACGGCCAAAAACUCGUCCACACUGUCUCCUCCGAUCUCCUCACCUGGGGAGCAAUCGUAGACGACGUUCACUAUUCAACCUAUACCGCUCGUCCAGGAAUGACAACCAUCUCCAAACUUCCCAACGGUAAAUACAUAAUGACCUACGAAUACGGCGGUGGCCCAACCGUAAACAACACCUCCACCUACCUCUUCCCCGUUUACUACCGCAUUUCAUCUUCUCCCCUCACUUUCCUCUCUGCGCCCGCUACACCUCUCAUCACAAACAACGGUAUUCAACCCACCGGAUCUCCAUACAAUGUGUGGACACCAAUCGGUGGUCCAAACGGUACUAUCAUUGUUAGCUCUGGAGGCCGUUCGGAAGUUUUCGUCAAUAGAGCACUUGGAGCUGCAGAUGCAUGGAAAACGGUGGCGACGCCAGAGGGAACAAGUUACACCCGACACUUGAGAGUGUUGGAUAGUAAUAAGAAUCAUCUCUUGAUUGCUGGAGGUGGAAUUCUGCCACCUAGUACAACAAACAAAGUUACAGUUAGUGUGAUUGAUAUCACAAAGGGCUUGGCUGCUGAGUCGUAGUUGUAAUGAGCGGUGGAAUUAUUGGCUUUGGUUAGAGUAUAUGAUGUAUGAGAUAUGAAAUAAGAAAUGUAUAAUUUAUCUGUAUAUCACAUGGAAUUUGAGCA